CCAAUGAAUUGGCCGAAUUCGAUAUCAGUUUCCGUAUCAUUGAAAAGGUCGAAAAGCAUCCUGAUUUUUCAAAGGCUCUCUUAGUGGCACCGAGAACCAUGGAAAUUCUUGACAAUAGUCUUUUAGGUCCAUUCUUGGAACAUGCUGUCAAAUUGAAAUAUAUCAAUAUGCACCCAAAUGUUCAUGAUGUUCGUGAUCCACUCAGGAUCGACCUUGCCAGCAUGAACAGUCCCUUUGCAUUUGGGUUAAUGAACCGUCAAAAUAAAAGCAUGGAUUAUUUAAUUGACGCUCUACACAAAAAGAAAUCAAUGGGAAAAAAAAACAUUCCUAACAUUGAAUUCGGCACGGAACUAAUAAAGUACGAAGAUAAGGGUGAUCAUGUCAUUGUUAUUGUAAAAAAGCACAAUGUGGAAGAAGAAAUUAUAUGUAAAUAUUUAGUAGGAUGCGAUGGUUGUCAUUCUGCCGUCAGAAAAGGAAUAAAGGAUUGGACUUUUGAAG